AUGAAUCCCCCCCAAGCCACGGGGGCCCCCCAGGGGCCUCCUGGGGCCCCCCCCUCUCCUGCGGCUCACGCUGGGGGCCCCCCUCUCCCAACUGUACCCCCACCUCUAGGGGGCCCCCAUGGGGGCCCCCAAGGGGGGCCCCCGGGGGGGCCCCCUGGGGGGCCCCCCCCUGCUCGCCCCCGCGCCGUCCCCAGGGUACCCCCUGCUGUUCCUCCAGCCAAGCCGAAGGCUCCACCUCCUCUCAUCAAGCAAAAGCAGCAGCAGCAGCAGCAGCAGCAGCAGCAGCAACAGCAGCAGCCGCAGCAGCAGCAGUCGCAGCAGCAACAAGCACUGCAGCAGCAGCUGCCACAGCAGCAAUCGCAGCAACCGCAGCAGAGAGCUCAGCAGCGACUGCAGCAGCAGCCGCAGCAGGCACCACAGCAGCAGAUGCAGCAGAUGCCACAGCAGCAGCAGCAGCAGCAGCAGCAGCAGCUACAGCAACAGCUGCAGCAGCAGCCGCAGCAGCAGCCACUGCAGCAACCGCAGCAGCAGCAGCAUUCAUCUUUUCAGCAGCGGUCGCAGCAGCAAGGGAAGCAGCAGCAGCAGCAGCAGCGAGGUGGUGCAGCAGGUGGUGGGGGCCCCCAGGGGGGCCCCCAGGGGGGCCCCCGUGAGGGUAAGGGGCCCCGCCAGAGGCCUUCAGGUCAAGGGGGGCCCCCCUCUAAGCGAAAGCGCGGCGGAGGAAAACACAGCAGCAGCAGCAGCAGCAGCAGCAGCAGCAGCAGCAGCAGCAAUGCAUGUAUGGGUUCUCAGCACAUAAAGCAUCAAUCGAAGCACAACCAGAAGCAGCAGAAGCAGCAGCAGCUACAGCAGCAGCAGCAGGCACUGCAGCAGCAGCAGCAGCAGCAGCAGCAGCAAAGAAGUAUAAUAAAGAUGACUAGCAGCGAGCUAGGGAGAAGAGGAAGAGACAGAUUACUCCUCGACUACGCGCAGCAUUUUGUAAAUACAGGAGAAAGGCCACAAAACUUUAUAAGAGACACAGAACCCGAUAAAAGGCUAAAGGAGCUGAUGGAGCUGAAGAGUCAGGUCAUCAGGGCGAGGGCGACGCCAGCUCAGUGCAUCCGGGUAUGCUAG